AUGAGACUGGCCGCGUAUACUGGGGCCUCGGUGGUCCUAGCCACUGGUGUGUUUCUAAAAGCUCUUCACCAGAGGUCCAAUUUCUAUUCCGCAUGUGUUUACCUCUCUCAGAGUAGUGCGAAUCUUAUGAUCCUCACGAAUUUAUGCCUUCUCAUCACCGGUUUUGUGCUAUUCUGGCUUCAGCGACUUCUUUACGGACCCUUGCGACCAAUCGAGACCGAGCAACUAUACGAGCGAGCCUGGUUCGCCGUCACAGAGACAUGUCUGGCCAUGACCAUAUUCCGAGGCGAACUUGGAGGUUGGUUUUUGGUCAUGUUCAUUUCGCUGCUGGUCGGCAAGGUCUGGGGCUGGAUUGGCGAAGGCCGCGUUGAGUUCUUAGAGCAACAGCCACCGGCUAACCCCCGGUUGUUCCAUACUCGACUGGCAGCAUCUCUCGUGCUAACGGUGUUAUUCGAUGCCUUCAUGUUGCGGUACUGUGUUCACACCGUGCUUGCGCAUGCACGGCCGGAUAUGAUGGUUAUGUUUGGAUUCGAAUUCGCCAUAUUAACUAUCCUCUCGACUUCCACCCUGCUACGAUACGUUAUCGCGUUGACCGAGAUAUCCAUCACCCGGCAGCAAAUAAAGGCCAAGAUGCAGGAGCGCCGGGAUGAGAUCCGUGCUGCGCGUGUCGAGGCGAUUCGAGAACAUGCCCGCGCGGGAGCUGCCUCUCCUCCUGACAAUCUUCCUGACGAAAACGAUGUCAAUGAGAUGGAGAUUGAUGUGCCCGGAUGGGAGGAGAAGGGUCGUUGGGUCUUCUACUUGGAUCUUUUGACUGAUUUGUUGAAACUCGUGAUUUAUUUGAGCUUCUUUGGUAUCCUACUCACUUUCUACGGCCUCCCCAUCCACAUUCUGCGCGAUGUUGUUGUAACCAUCCGCUCAUUUGUCCGUCGCAUUAUGGACUUCAUGCGUUACCGAAAUGCGACAAGGGAUAUGCACCAGAGGUAUCCGGAUGCAACGGCGGAUGAAGUCUCCCGAGAAGAUGUCUGCAUCAUCUGCCGCGAGGAAAUGAUUCCAGUUCAGCCGGUGCAACCGCAACCGGCAGCUAAUGCUGCUGCUGGAGAGCCGGCACCACAGCCGGCCGUUGGAACACAACGUGUCCCUGACCGUCUGCGUCCGAAGAAGCUCCCAUGUGGCCAUAUCUUGCACUUUUCGUGCCUCCGAAGCUGGCUUGAGAGGCAACAAAACUGCCCAACAUGUCGACGUCCUGUUGUAAUUCCCCAGGGAACUCGUGGGGCUGCUGGGGUUGGGGGCAAUAACGCAGCCGGGGGUCCGAAUGGUGGCGUCCAGCCAGGCCAACAAGGCGCAGACGCACAACCACGUGCUCGGGUCUAUCAGUUUGGGCCUUUCCGUAUCGGCUUUGGGGCUGUACGUGGGGAUUUAUUCAACAAUCUCCAUCCACAUGGUCACCAAGGUAACGCCCCGCAGCCUGGGGCACACCCACCUGCGAAUGCGCCUGGAAGACAUAUUGGGUUUGGAUUUGGGUUCGGGCGCCGCCCUCAAGCCCCCACCCCCGCUCCUACCCCACAUGCAGCGGCUCCAGGGGGAUCUAUCACUGCUGAAAUCAAUAAUCAAUUGUCACAGAUCGAGCAACGACUUAACCAAGAGAUCGCCACCCUUCGAGCUGCCUCAGACCAUCUAAAUCACGUGCGCCAGCUUCGGGUGGAACUAGAACGGCCCGCUUCCCCCGUGGCCCCGGGAUCUUCGGUCUUCACAUCGGGUCACCAGUAUGGCGCAAACCCGGGCGCUGACGUUCUAAACUCUGGAGAUCCUCGUCUACCGGAAGGGCUUACUCUUCCGCCUGGUUGGACCCUCCUUCCUCUUCAGCGCGUGGAUAAUGCCCCCAACGGUGUGGAUCAUACAGUACAACCCACGCCUACCACUACAGUGACAUCCCCACCUGUGCCAGCUGUGGCCAGCCCUGUAACAUCUCAAGCCCCCACAUUACCCGCACCUGUUCAGGAUCAAACGAGCGGGAACGUCGUGGAAAAUGCGCGCGGCACCACCAACGCUGAAGCCCUUCCCGUAAAUGGCGCUCCUCAGCCCCCCUACUUUGCAGCCAACACCAACCGUCCUUUCGGCAGAACGUCGCGCAGAAUCCCCAUCCCAAGAGUGGACUGA